UUCUCAGGCCCCCUUUGCCUUUUUCUAGCUUGAUUUCUGCUUGCCCUUUGCCUGCCAUGACCAUGUUCCAAUCUUUCGUCCUAUCUCCCAAGUCUGUCUGGAUUUGCUGGGCAGAAGAUCCCCAAUAUUGGAGGGUGUCCCCUAUGCUGAAUUCACGGUUUUCACAGAAAGCAGAGCUCUUAGACGUCUGCUGGCUGCAGAUCCGGGGCACAUUUGAUACAGCAAUUCUCGACAAAGACACCACAUAUUCAGUCCUGUAUUUCUUCAAACACAAUGAUCCAGCAACAGGUCUGGAAAGCCCAGCAGAGGUUUCUCUCUCACAGAAAGAUGGGAGCAUAAUCUGCAGCCGGAAGGUGCAUCUGAACCCCGGCAGCCCCGACCUGAUAAAACAAGAAGGAGAGGAAUGGCUGGCAGUUGAGGUGGGCAAGUUUCAGCCGGCCAAAGUUAGUCGCGAGAUCACUGCUAAUCUGCUGGACGGCACCACUCACUGGAAGACUGGCCUCGUGUUUGCUGGGGUGGAGAUUCGUGCUGUCUCCGCUUGAUGUUUAUAAGAACGAUAACACAACUUUGGAUCGGAGGUCCUACAGCGUCCGUUUGCUUUCACGUGUCGAUCAAUAUUGUCGUGCUGUGUUUGUAUGAUGGUAAUAAAGUGGGGAUGUGUAGACCCACAUUGUAUUAGAUUUGUGUAUUUUAGAUGGCUGUGGAUUCCAAAAUCACCAGGUCCAACAAACAUGAAUUUGGGUCCUAGACCAACUGGUACUGUUUGUUUCUGAUCAUGUGUCGUGUUGUUUCCUGAAAAAUAAA